UUUUAUGACGAACGACUUUUCCAGAGCAACCCAUAGACACUUUUAAAUCCAAGGCUGAAAAAAAGGCCAAAAUGUACUACGAAUCCUGCCUGGAUGCCAACGAUACCGUGGAAACUCUUGGUGCCAAACCGAUGAUCGACCUUAUUGCCAAAUUGGGCGGCUGGAAUGUUACUACUAAAGGGUUUAGCGUUAGCAACUGGACCCUACAGAAUACCCUUCAAAUAGUCCAAAACAAAUACAGCAUAGGAGCAUUGUUUUCUUAUGGGGUGGGUGAGGACGAUCGUAAUUCCUCCAGGCACGUUCUCCAAUUGGACCAGAGCGGUCUGGCUCUUCCCACCAGGGACAAUUAUUUAAAUAAAACAGCUGAACACGUUAAAGUGUUACAGGCUUAUUUGGAAUAUAUGACAAAGGUUGGAAUUCUUUUGGGUGGCGAACCGAACGUUACCAGAAAACAAAUGCAAGCGAUCGUUGACUUUGAAACGAAACUAGCGAACAUCACGACCCCUAGCGAACAAAGACGGGACGAAGAGUCCUUGUACCACCUCAUGACCUUGGCUGAGCUACAAGAAAAAGCCAACUUUAUAGAUUGGCGGCAGUUUUUCGAAAAUGCCAUGAAGGUGGUGCAAAAGAAGGUGGGGGCCAGGCAGCAAAUUAUCAUUUAUGCUCCCGAGUAUAUGAGCAAUUUGACCAAGUUGUUGGAGGAGUAUCAGAAUACUACUGAAGGAAAAAUAACCCUUAACAACUACUUGGUAUGGCAAACAGUGAAAGUAUUCACCCUAUGCUUAUCCAAGCCCUUCAGGGAUGCUUAUAAGGGCCUCAGGACAGCCCUGAUGGGCUCCGAUGGGGCUGACGAGCCCCAAUGGAGAUACUGCAUUCAAGAUACCAAUAAUGUCCUCGGUUUUGCGAUCGGGGCCAUUUUUGUGCGAGAAGUUUUCGAUGUACGAUCGAAAGAGCAAGCGGAGGUGAUGAUUAACAACGUGAGAAACGCUUUUAAGCGAAACUUUGACAAUUUAAAAUGGAUGGACGAGCAGACCAGGAAGUUGGCCAUAGAUAAGGCCGACGCGAUUUCCGAUAUGAUUGGUUAUCCGGAGUUCAUUAAAGACAUAAACCAUUUGGAUGAGCGGUUUGAAAAUCUUAGCAUAAGAUCUGACGCUUACUUCGAAAACAAUGUCAACAUAAAUUUUUACAAUUUAAAGAAGAACUUGGAGAAGAUCAAUGAACCGGUCAACAAAACCACCUGGAGCAUGGUCCCAUCGACCGUAAACGCUUACUACACCCCAACCAAGAACCAGAUGGUCUUCCCGGCUGGGAUCCUCCAGAGUCCCUUUUACGACCCGUCGUUUCCAUCCGCAUUGAAUUAUGGGGCCAUGGGCGUGGUCAUGGGACACGAACUCACCCACGGCUUCGACGAUCAAGGGCGACAAUACGAUAAAAACGGCAACCUGAACCACUGGUGGAAGAAUAAGACCGUGGAAAGGUUCAAGGAGAGGACCAAGUGUGUUGUCAACCAAUAUGAAAAAUAUGAAAUCGAAAACAACCGCGUAAACGGCAACCAAACCUUGGGAGAAAACAUCGCGGACAACGGAGGCCUAAAAGCCGCGUACCACGCAUACCUGGACGUAGCCAAAGAGGAACCCGAACCAAAAAAACUGCCCGGACUAGACUUAAGUCACAAACAGUUGUUUUUCGUAGCUUUUGCCCAAGUGUGGUGUUCUACCACCACCAAAGAAGCCACCACCUUGGAGAUCGAAAAGGACUCCCACGCACCAGCAAAGUUCAGAGUGAUCGGGGCAUUGAGUAAUUUGAAGGAGUUCAGCGAGCAGUUCCAGUGUAGACUCGGUUCGAAGAUGAAUCCCGUUAAUAAAUGCGAGGUGUGGUAGAGGUGUAGAAUUUAUUUAUGUGCCAAAGUAGCAUAACUUGAUAACCGCUGCAGGUAAUUUUAUAGGAGGAGUUUUGAGGAUUAAUUUGAUGUAUAAAACGUUGUGUUUGGUGGAAGAGUUGAUGAGAUACGGCAGAGGAAUGUUUUCUUAGAAAAAUGUUUGAUUCUAGUGCAUUUAUUUCCAAGGAUUUUGAAUUGAAAAUAGAUAUAUAGAAAAUAGAUGGGGUUUCACUUAAAAGUUCUGCAUUCUUUUAGGGAUAUUUUGAUAUUCAAACGGUUAUUGUGCGUUAAAAGCUCAACCAGUUAGAGCUCUUUGAAAACAGUCAAAAAUGUGUUGAAUUAAGCAGGUUUUAAAGAUAUCCUGAGUUAUUUUUGCCUAUAACUUCGGUACUAUUUGAGAUGUCUUGAUGAUUCUUUUACAGAACGACGUUGUGAUUCUUAAGGAGUAAUUCUGUAUAAAAAAUAUCUUGUUCAGUAAAAAAAUUACAGAGGUACGCUACUUUUUUUAGAGGCAUGUUUUUGAUGCAAUCAUUGUAUUUCAGAUAUUUCAAAGUAUUUUCAUGUUUUAAAAUAAUAGUUUCCUCUCAAAGAUUGUGUAUUCUUCAAGGAAUGUUUUAAUAUACAAACGAUUUUUGUGACUCAAAAACUCAAUAAGUUAUAGUUCUUUUUGUCUGGUGAUGUACAAGAGUGAUAAAGAAUAGACUUUUUGAAAUUACUAACUUUUGAGAUAUUUCUGCCUAUAAUUUCGGAUGUACUUGAAGGUAUCUCAAGUACAUCCGAAAUUCAUGAUUCUUUACAUGAGUACAUCAUGAUUUUUUCACAGAAAGAUGCAAUUAUUAUUGAGCAUUACUCCUGUAUACAAAAUAUCUUAUUCAAUGAAAAAUUGAUUCAGCUAGGGCACUUUCGGUAGAUGCAUGUUUUUAAUGAAAUAGUUCUACAGCAAAUAUUUCAAAGUAUUUUAAUGUUUUAAAAAAAUAGUUUCUUCUCAAAGAUUCUGCAUUCUUUAAAGAAUAUUUUGAUAUAUUAACGAUCUUUGUAGCUCAAGAACUGAAUAACUUAGAGCCUUUUUAGUCUGUCAAGGUCUUAGAAUAACUAAAAAGGAACUUUUUGAGAUAAAAAAACUUUUGAGGUCAUCUUGAGAUAUUUUUGCCUAUAACUUCGGAUGUACUUAAGAUAUCUUCAUGAUUUUUGCACCAAAAGAUGAAAUUAUUCUUUUGCAUUACUCCUAUAAACAAAAUAUCUUGUUCAGUGAAAAAUUCAUUCAGAUAGGGCACUUUUGGUAAAAAUAUCUUUUUAAUGCAAUGGUUCUAAAGCAAAUAUUUCAAAGUAUUUUGAUGUUUUAAAAAAAUAGUUUCUUCCCAAAGAUUCUGCAUUCUUUAAGGAAUAUUUUGAUAUAUUAACGAUCUUUGUAGCUCAAGAACUCAAUAACUUAGAGCUCUUUUUGUCCCGCAAGGUACAAGUGUAAUAAAAAAUGAACAUUUCAAAAUACGCAACUUUUGAAGUCAUCUUAAGAUAUUUUUGCCUAUAACUUUGGAUGUACUCGAGAUAUCUUCAUAAUUUUUUCACAGAAACAUGCAAUUAUUCUUGAACAUUCCUCCUAUAUACAAAAUAUCUUGUUCAGUGAAAAAUUCAUUCAGAUAGGGCACUUUUGGUAGAAAAAUCUUUUUAAUGCAAUGAUUCUACGCCAAAUACUUCAAAUUAUUUUGAUGUUUUAAAAAAAUAGUUUUCUCCCAAAGAUUCGGCAUUCUCUAAGGAAUAUUUUGAUAUAUUAACGAUCUUUGUAGCUCAAGAACCCAAUAACUUAGAGCCUUUAUCAUCCGGCAAGGUACAAGUGUAAUCGAAAAUGCACUUUUUAAAAUACGUAACUUUUGAAGUCAUCUUAAGAUAUUUUUAAAUGUACUUGAGAUAUCUCUAAGAUUCUUCCACAGAAAGAUAAAGUGAUUACUGAGGAUAAAUUUGAACUACAUAAAGUCACAUUAAGUAAUGUUCUUUUGAACUUAAUAUAGUAAUCCCAUGCGCUAGUGCCAACCCAAUAUAAGUAUAUAUAUAUAAUUUAUAUUAAAUUAUAAAACAUAAACUGCUGAUCUAAUACAGGGUGUUUUAAAAGUUUUUAUCACCCUGUAUACUAUAUAAGUCAAGAAAAUUAGUUGAUAGUAUAAAUUUUAAUUUUUUAAUAUUGUUUUUAUAUAUAUAUAUAUCUAAAAGUUCACAUAAGGUUAGAACGGGUAUAAAUGUAGCAUAGGUUUAACAUUAAAUAAAUAUUAUAAUAAAAUUAUUUAUUUUAUAUGUAUUUAGCCACAUUAUGUAAAUAUAUUUAUCCAUUGUUACUCUAUAUAUAUUUUUAUAUAAUUUCUUGUUCCUAUAUUAUAUUGUGUAUUCGUAUAAAAAUUAUGUAUAUAAAAUAGGCUUAAAUAUAAUAUACAUAAGUAGAUAACGAAUGAAUUGCUUGGCACUCUUUAUUUGCGAUCAAUACAUAUUAUAAGGUGGUUCAUUGAAAAACUGAAGGUAUUUACUGUAUACUAUUACAUUCUUGUUAUAUAUAUAUUACAUGUCACUCCUUGAAUUUCUUAGCAUUUUAUGUAGAUUCUAAAGAUGUAAUAAGAUACAGAGAAUUUAAGUUUCUAAGGGACCACCCUUAGCUAAAAAAUCCUCGGUUUUACUAUAUUUAUAUAUCCUAAUUUGUAUCAAAGGACCCAAUAGCCAGUUUAUAGGGUGAAAUGGUAAUAUUAAUAGUAGAACAAGUUGAAGUUUGUAGGGAAAUUUUCAAUUGUCCAUAUCAUCAACCAAAUUUUAUUGAGAACAUCAAAUUAUCUAAUUAUUUUGGUUUGUUUGUUGUAUUGUUUGUGUAGUUUUUUACUGUGAUAAUAAAUUAAAUGUAUAAAAGAA